AUGUACCUUCUCUCGUUCAUUGGCAUCGUUGACCUGCUCUCGCUUGCCGCUUUUUUCGUCACGUUACGACCUUCCAUGCACGAUGCCGGCCUGCAUCCGGAUUACGAGUCGACAGGUGUCAGGGAUCUAUGGAAGGACCUCAUCCUUCCACUGCGCCUCAUGAGGCUGAUGAUGCUGGAGUCGUGGGCUCCAGCAAUCCAGUCGCUGUGCGACGUCAUUUGGAUGCAAGCACCCGCCUUGCGAAAGGCGUGCUAUGCCUUGCUGUGCGUUUGGUACAUGUUCACCGUGACCUUGUACGUGCUGGAGAAGGAUUCAGAUGACGAAGAGAUUGGUCCUCGCUUCGCCAACGUGCUGGUUGGCCUUCCUCAUGGACUCAUUCACUUGACUGGUGACUACCCCUGCACCAAUUACAGCAGCCUUUCCAUGCCCUUCCAUUUGGUCUUCUUGAUUCUUGGGAUGUGCUGCACAGGCACAUUCACCGGGAUCUUUGCAGGUGGCUUUGUGGAAUAUCUGGGAGCGCAGCGCGAGCUGGAGCGCCGCCAGGCCGCAGAAGAGCGUGUGCAGAUCAUGGUCACUGCGGUAUCCGUCCUGCAGCGACGCUUUCGCGUCCGGCAGAAGCAAUUGCGCAAAUUCUCCAGCGAGGAGCUGCCACGCUACAACCAGGUGACGAUUCAGAAGGCAGCGCAGCGCCUGCUGAGGCGUCAAACAAGCUUGGGGAGGGUCUUCAUGAGCCUCGCGCAAGCAGCAUUGAUCAUCAACAUCGUCAACACCAUGCUCGAAUCCAUCCCGGAAGUGGAAGAGCUCGGGCCACCAGCCCGCAGAUCCUUGACCCUUGUUGAGGUUGUCACAGGAUUGAUUUUUGCCAUAGAGUUCUUCUUCCAUUUCCUGGCCAACCCUCUCGGCAUUUUCACGAAACCGAUGCGGAUCAUCGACUUUGUAUGCUUGCUGCCGACGAUCCUGAGGGUGAAGUUUGAGCUGCAGAGCACGGAAGUUCAGGAUGGUUCGCCAGGACUCGAGGCCUUCAUUGAGAGUGUGGCUGCCUGUCGUAUCAUCCGUGUGCUUGACUGGCCUGGCAUAGCCAGAGAAGUGCGUGCAGUCAAGUCCACAAUCCACGCUGCGCUUCCCAGCCUUGCGAUGCCUGCCGUCAUCUCACUGGAGCUAUGGGUGCUGACCGCAGGCAUCUUCGUAUGGUUGGAGAACAUGUUCUCGGAAGACGACGAGCCUUCAGACCAGGAGCACAUGGGCUCCAUCCCAGAUGCCUUGUAUUGGUGCAGCAUCUACCUUCUCGGCGAAUGGGCAAACGACGAGUUCACAGAUGGAGCUGGCAGCCGCAUGUGCAUUUUCUACUGUCUGUGUGGAGUCGCGCUUUUCUCAAUUCCGGUCGGCAUCAUGGUGGAAGCCGGGCAGUCAACGUUGUUGAAGAUUGCAGACGAUCCCCGGCAUGUUUUGAGAUCAGCGCUGAAAUUUGCGGGCCCUCCCCGGUGUCAGCAUUUUUUGCUUUGCAAACCCUGCAACGUUUCAUAG